AUGCUUAACAUAAAACGGAAUCCUAUGUUAUAUACUUUGAGUAAAAAAUAUCAACUUGAAGAGAAUUUGAAAGUUAUGGGGGUUAGCUUAAGCUUGAAAUUUGAAGGCUUUAGCUUUAGCUAAAUAUUUAAAAUGUUUCAGAAUCUUCGUCAAAUUGGUUUUAUAGUUUAUAUAAUUGUUAUUGUAUUUACAAUAAUUGCGAUAAUAAUUCCAUGGGACAAAUUUUUAAUUAUCGAUUUGGAAUUGAAAGAUCUUUUGUUUUUUCAUGAUAUUUUUUUGACAAGGUAGUUAAAAAAAACUGAAAAACUCACCAAAAUUUGAAUUCCUAGUGGUGUGCUUCUCUUCCCAAUCGCUGCAUUGCUCAUGUUAUACAAAUCCAAAAAUCCAGCAUUUCUCCGGAAAAUCCAAUGGCUAUUUCGAUUAACAGCAAAUAAGCGAAUUGAUAUAAAAUGUGUGAAACCUAUCAAUCUUCAAAAUGAGACGAAUAUUUACUUUGAUCAAUUGCAGAAUUCCUGGAAAUAA